AAGUAGAGAAGCCCCCACCAGCAAAUAGUGAGCAAAAAGACCCUCCUCCUUCUCUUCAUUAUUUUGAGUCAAGAGUCUUCUCCACCUGACUCUUAUCCUAAAAACGCACAAUAAGUACCCUCCACUCAAACCUACUUCUACUAUAUAUAACUACACACCUCAAUUAUUCAUCUUCCCAAAACGCAACACAAUUCCUCAAAUAACAAACUAUACAAUACAUUAAAUAACCCUCUCUCUCUCUUCCUAAUAAAACAAACAUUAUUAUUUUUAUUAUUAUUAUUAUCAACACACUCAACGAUAUGACUCGCAUACUCCGAAACUUGCUAUCCACACCCGACUCCGCCGCACCGCCACCGGAGUCCGCCGCAUCCUUAGAAUCCGACUUCGUCGUCAUCCUUGCAGCUCUCUUAUGCGCUCUCAUAUCCGUCGUGGGUCUCACCGCUAUCGCCAGAUGUGCUUGGCUCCGCCGUGGGCCCGUUGCCGGAAACUCGCCGGCGCCUGGCUCCGCCAACAAAGGUCUCAAGAAAAAGGUUCUGAACUCGCUUCCUAAGUUUACCUACCUCGACGGUAGUCCUGGAAAGUGGGUUGUCUCGUCGGAGUGCGCCAUUUGCCUCUCGGAGUUUACCGCCGGCGAAGAGGUUCGUGUAUUACCUCAGUGCGGUCAUGGAUUCCACGUGGCAUGUGUAGACACGUGGCUUGGGUCCCACUCUUCUUGCCCCUCUUGCCGUGCUCCCUUUGCAAUCGCCAGGUGUCAGAAAUGCGGCCUCUACCAGCCGAAUUCUGCCGGUGCCGUCGCCGGUGAGACGGAGCCAAAGUCCGUCGGCGGCGACAAUGCCGAAGUUGCUAAUAAUUCUAAUUGUGUCGGUAAUAGUGUUGAAAGUCAUAGCCACACUGUUUAUAAUGGCUUCUUGCCUUAAAACUAUUUGUACAUGUGCAUGUAAAUUAUAAAUAUGAUUUUAUUUAGAUCUAUCUUUUUUCUUUUCA